AUGCCCCCGCAGCAGGGGGACCCCGCGUUCCCGGGCCGCUGCGAGGCGCUGCCCGUGCCGCCCCGCCGGGAGCGGGGCCGUGGGCCCGGGGCGCCGGGCAGCCGGGGGCGCGCGGGCGGUGCCGAGGGGCGCGGCGUCAAGUGCGUGCAGGUCGGCGACGGCGCCGUGGGCAAGACCAGCUUGGUGGUGAGCUACACCACCAACGGCUACCCCACCGAGUACAUUCCCACCUCCUUCGACAACUUCUCGGCUGUGGUUUCCGUGGAUGGGCGGCCCGUGAAACUCCAGCUCUGUGACACUGCAGGACAGGAUGAGUUUGACAAGCUCCGGCCUCUGUGCUACACCAACGCCGAUAUCUUCCUCCUGUGCUUCAGUGUCGUGGGUCCCUCCUCCUUCCAGAACGUCAGUGAGAAAUGGGUGCCGGAGAUCCUGUGCCACUGUCCCAAAGCCCCCAUCAUCCUUGUGGGGACACAGUCGGACCUCAGAGAAGACGUCAAAGUCCUCAUCGAGCUGGACAAAUGCAAAGAGAAGCCGGUACCCGAGGAGGCGGCCAGGUUGUGUGCCGAAGAGAUCAAAGCCACUUCCUACAUUGAGUGCUCGGCCUUGACUCAGAAGAACCUCAAAGAGGUCUUCGAUGCAGCCAUUGUGGCCGGCAUUCAGUACUCGGACUCCCAGCAGCAGCAGAAGAAGUCCAAGAGCAGGACUCCCGACAAGAUGAAGACCUUAUCCAAGUGUUGGUGGAAGAAGUAUUGUUGUUUAGUAUGAUGCUGAUGGGGACCCCAGCGGGCUGUGUUCCAACAAAACCCACACUAGAGGCUAUAUUAGCUGAAAUGACUCUGACUGUGUAGGACCUGUAUAGCGAGCGUGUGUGUAUAUGGAUUAUAGGAGGUGCUCCAAUUUAUGUUAUUCUUUCUUGCCUUUGAUCUUCUUGUUUGUUUGAGCUGAGGGAUGAGAUACUUAUGCAAGAUAUCUUGAAGUAAGUUAAGAAUUUUUCAUAACUCUGGAAAUACAGAGCUUUAGACGUUUUGAUUAAUUUAUAUCUAAUAUGAAAAAGGCACACCUUUGCUAUGAGAUAACACACAGAAGAACAAAGAGGAAAUGGUGUGGUUAGCCAUCCCUUCCCUGAAGGCUAGCUAUGGUCAGAGUAACUCAGCUUUGAAACCUCAUACUUUUUUCCCCUUUAUUUUAAGGGAAAAAAAUCUGAGGAAAAAAAAGAUUUCUGCCUGUAAAACCUCAAAUCAGACACUUUGGUUAUAUUCUUUUACUCCAUUGCUUAAGAUUUAAAAACAACCAACAGAAAACAUCCCACUGACAAUGGUCCUAUGUAGACCAAAAAGGAAAAUUUGUUGAUGGGGGUUUUUCAUCCUGAGAUCCUGUGAACAGCCAGAAUGCCAUGAGGAGUACAGUGGCAGCCCGGGGCUCUCUUUUCUUUAGGGAACGACUCACAUUGAGAUCAGAGUGUGAUGUUUGCUGUCAUGCUCGUGAGCCAAGCUGCCUGAACCUGUAUGAUGACAGCACUCAGGAGACCUGCCUGGAUUGGUUCUAAACUUCUGGGCUUUCCCUGCCCUAUCUUCAGGGAAAUGAAUACUCUAGCAGGGCUGGAGCAGGCAGGUGUUUCGGGAAAUGAAACAAAAUGUCUUUUUUUUUCUUUAAAGUCAGCCCAAAGGUACUUCUUUGUGUACACACAUGAGCACAGAUAUAUAUGUGGCUGGUCUUGCUGCAGAUUCAGACUUUUAACUAUGGG